AUGGAUUUGGAAUCUCAAAAUAACUUAAGUGGGAAUAAAAUACGUAGUAACGAAGAUUUUGAACAACUUCAUUGUCUUCCAGAUCCAAUACCUGAAGAUGAUUUAUAUUACAAAUCAUUUGAAGAAUUGUAUAGUAUGCGAACGACAGAGAAUCAUAGACCUUCUCUUAUAAAUUCUAAGACAAAAAUGAAUUAUGAUAAAACAAAGACAAAACAUACUAUGCCAUUUUGUCCUUCUGCAGCACAUGCAAAAAAUGUUCGUGUUAUUGUAAACUGUACUGAAUACGAAAAACCACAUUUCUUAUUCAGUUCAAAAAAACUUUCUGAAAAGGAUAUCAUAUUGUUGCAAAGAUUCCUAGAUACAGUCUUCUAUACUUGCGGUAUGUCAUUUUAUGGAACAUGCGACUUGACGAUGAUCAUACCACUGGAGCAGUCAGAUGUACAUGACAAUUCAGAAGAUGUUGGUUCUGAUAAUGAAGCUGAUGAUCAAGAAAAUCCAACUCAAGAAAAUAAAAAUAAUGAAUCUGAACCUGAGAGUUCAGACGAUGAUGAUUCCAAUGAGGUUAUAGAAGAGCUCAAUGAUAAUACAGAAGAGGCAUCUAUUAAUAAGCUUUUUUUAAGAGUCUUUGUUAAUGAUUCAUUGUCUUGUGCAUCAAAAAUCAAAAAACCAUACUACUCUGCUGGGAUCUACCCAAAUGUUUGCGUUGAAUGUGGAAGCCAAGAGGUUUCUAAACUAGCAAAAAAUGAAUACCCAUAUUGUAGUGAUUGUGGCAGUAAUUCUGGUAGCUCUAAUUUAAAAAAGUAUUCAAAACAGAAUAAAAGUAGUAAAAAUAAGUGA